AUGCCCGGUGUUCCCCCCGACGCGUUUGCCCAGAUGAAGAAGGGCCUCAAGGCCAUCUUCCGCCGCAAGAAGGAGAAGAAGAAGGAGAAGGCCGAAUCCAAACCCGAGGAGACUCCCGCUACCCCCGAGACUCCAGCUGCGACCGCCACUGCUGCCGCGCCUGCUGCGGAGCCAGCUCCAGCGCCGGCUCCGGCUCCGGCUCCUGCCCAGGAGUCCACUGAAGCCACGGAGCCCUCCGAGGUCAAGACUGAGGGGCUUACUGCUCCCGCCGAGGCCACCGAGCCCAAGGUCGAGGCUCCCAAGCCGGAAACUCCUGUGACCGCCGAUUUGCCGGCUGUCGCAGCCAAGACUGAAGAGCCGACCAAAUGA